AACCCACCUAGUUUGCAGGCACACAACAAAAAACACAAAGAAGCAGUAUGCGUUCAGCUCGCCACCUCCACGAUGCGGUCUCGGCCCUCCUCCUCUUCCUGCUGCUCUCAGCCGUCGUUCCGGCGGCCAGAGCCCAGCAAGAAACUGACGAUGAGUCGGAGUUCAACUACGUCUGCGGGGCGGAGAAUGGGCCGGAGAACUGGGGAAAGAUCAAGGAAGAGUGGGCGACGUGCGGCACUGGGCUGCUGCAGUCGCCCAUCGACCUCUCAGACCGCCUUGCCUCGCAGGCGCCCCACCUCGGCUACCUCAACCACUCCUACCGUCCCGCCGAGGCCUCCAUGGUCAACCGCGGCCAUGACAUCACGGUGAUGUUCCAUGGUGACGCCGGGAGCAUGUGGAUCAACGGUACCGCGUAUCACCUCAGGCAGCUGCACUGGCACACCCCCAGCGAGCACCGCGUAAACGGCCGCCGGUACAACAUGGAGCUCCACAUGGUUCACCUUAGCGCCGAGAACAAGGCUGCCGUGAUCGGCCUCCUCUACAAGAUUGGCAGGCCCAACCAUUUCCUGCAUGAGCUGGAGUCUUACUUGCAGAGGAUAGCCAACACGAAUGAGAAGGAGGAAAACGUCGGCGUGGUUGAUCCUUGGGUCGCGAGGGGCCAUGGCGAAGCCUAUUACCGAUACAUGGGCUCCCUCACCACGCCGGGGUGCGACGAGGGUGUCAUCUGGACAGUCAUCAAGAGGGUACCUUUAUUGUUAAUGACUUUCACCAACCUCAUUUUGAUCACAAAUGCUAAACUUAAGGGAAAUUGGCUUAUGGACCUGAUUUCUGGACGAUACAGUCAUCUUCCAACUAACUCCCCAAUUUUUUAUGAGAUUUUUAAGGGUAGGAAAUUGGUUUUGCAGGUUGCCACCGUGUCGAGUGAGCAGCUGAAGCUUCUCACGGACGCCGUCCAUGAUGGCUUUGAUAUAAAUGCGAGACCCCUUCAGAAGGUGAACUACAGAGAUAUCAGUUUUUUCUGCCCUGAUGAUCACCAUGAACGUUAUUACGCAGCCGCUGAUCAUUAAUGAGCUGAAGACUUCAGCCAGCCACAGGGAUAGACAGUAUGCGUGUUAAUUUGUUGGCAACGACGAAGAAAAGCGAUGCCUGGGGAAAAUUUGCAACGACGAUGACUCUGCACCAAGCGGGGAUGUUUGUUCAUUCCAUAAUAAAUUUGAAGUCAAGGACAUGUUCUUGGUGUUGUUUUCAAUACCUGGAUAACAAGACUCCAAUCUUUGUAGACCAACUUAUUUGUGUUUUCUUUCUUUAUAUUUCAAUAAAAAGCGCAUCUCGGCGACUUACUUCUUCAAUCAUUGGACAUCAGAUUCAAUCUA